AUGAGACUAGCAACAGCUCUCUCAGCGGUGACGCUCCUACUCUCCGGCUUCGCAGCGGCCAGCGCCGUCGUAGACCUCAACACGGACAACUUCGACUCGUAUGUCGGCGGUAGCAAGCCUGCUCUGGUAGAAUUCUACGCACCAUGGUGUGGCCACUGCAAGAACCUCGCUCCGACAUUCGACAAGCUCGCCGAUGCGUUCCCAUCGCAAAAAGUCUUGAUUGCCAAGACUGAUGCCGAUGGGGUCGGUCGGGCCCUUGGAGAGCGAUACGGCGUCAAGGGGUAUCCCACGCUCAAGUGGUUCCCUGCCAAUUCGAAAACUCCGGAAGAUUACACUGGUGGCCGUGACCUCGACUCCCUUGUCGCCUUUGUGACUGAAAAGGCCGGUACCAAGUCCAGUAUCAAGGCUCCGCCACCACCUGCCGCGGUCGAGCUUGACGCGGGUAACUUUAACGAGAUCGCACUGGACUCGACCAAGAAUGUCUUGGUGGCGUUUACUGCUCCAUGGUGUGGUCACUGCAAGUCCAUGAAACCCGCAUACGAAAAGGUCGCCACUGCCUUCAAGUCCGAGUCUGACUGUGUCAUCGCUCAGAUGAAUGCGGACGACGAGCAGAACCGACCCAUUUCGGGCAAGUACGGCGUCACUUCUUUCCCGACGAUCCAGUUCUUCCCCAAGGGGAGUGGGAAGCCGAUUCCCUACAACCUGGGCAGGAACGAGGAGCAGUUCACCGAGUUCCUCAAUGAGCACUGUGGAACCCACCGUACCCCCUCCGGCUUGCUCAACGACCUCGCCGGAAAAGUCGUCUCCCUCGACACGCUGGCUUCCGAGUUCUUCAGCGCUGCGAUCCCGGACCGUUCGGCCGUUCUCUCCAAAGCCAAAGAAGCACUCGCGGCAUUGUCACUCCAGGGCGCGGCGUCGGGGAUUGAUAAGCGGGCAAACGAGACGGCAAAGUACUAUGUGAGGGCGAUGGAGAGGGUGGUGGAGAAGGGCGAGGGCUGGUUGGUCAAGGAGCAGGGACGUAUCGCAAAUUUACUCGCAUCCCCCUCGAUGGCCCCUACGAAACUAGACGAGCUCAAGGUCAAAGCCAACAUCCUCUCGUCGUUCGCUUUGAAGAAGGUGGAGGAGGCGUACGAGCAUGCCGGGGAGUAUGCCGGGGACGCGAUCAAGUUUGCAGAGGAUGGAGCGCAGGCGGUACAGCAGAAGGCGGGGGAGGUUGUGGAGGAGGUGAAGGCCAAAGUGGGGGAAGCGACGGGGAGGGUUAAGGCGGAGUUGUAG